UCAGUGGGGGAAGAGAAAGGGGGAAUCUGAAAUACGAAGACAAAAAGACACUAAACAGACCUGAAAGGGCCCUGUCUUCUACACGGGAAGACUAUUGUCAAAUCAAAGAAGCAAGACGAAACGAAGGUCUUGACUGCCUGAACCACGACAAAAAAAAUAAGUAAAAUGGCGGAGCCGGACAAAUUAAACAUCGACUCCAUAAUACAGCGUCUUCUGGAAGUUAAGGGCUCUCGGCCAGGCAAGAACGUUCAGCUGACAGAGAACGAGAUCCGUGGCCUUUGCCUCAAGUCUCGCGAAAUCUUCCUCAGCCAGCCAAUCCUGCUCGAGCUUGAGGCACCACUCAAGAUCUGCGGUGACGUACACGGUCAGUACUACGACCUGCUGCGGCUGUUUGAGUACGGAGGUUUCCCCCCGGAGAGCAACUACCUGUUCCUAGGGGACUACGUGGACCGAGGGAAGCAGUCCCUGGAGACCAUCUGCUUGCUUCUGGCCUACAAGGUCAAAUACCCAGAGAACUUCUUCUUGCUGCGCGGCAACCACGAGUGUGCCUCCAUUAACCGUAUCUAUGGCUUUUAUGACGAGUGUAAGAGACGGUAUAACAUCAAGCUGUGGAAGACGUUCACAGACUGCUUCAACUGUUUACCCGUGGCUGCCAUUGUAGAUGAGAAGAUCUUCUGCUGCCAUGGAGGCCUCUCUCCAGACCUCCAGUCCAUGGAGCAGGUGCGCAGAGUGAUGCGACCCACAGAUGUGCCUGACCAGGGCCUGCUGUGUGACCUGCUUUGGGCCGACCCAGACAAAGAUGUCCUGGGCUGGGGCGAGAAUGACCGCGGGGUCUCUUUCACAUUCGGGGCAGACGUGGUGGCCAAAUUUCUGCACAAACACGACAUGGACCUUAUAUGCAGGGCACAUCAGGUGGUAGAAGACGGUUACGAGUUCUUUGCAAAGAGACAGCUUGUUACUCUGUUCUCUGCCCCUAACUACUGUGGAGAGUUUGAUAAUGCCGGUGCCAUGAUGAGUGUGGAUGAGACCCUCAUGUGUUCCUUUCAGAUUCUCAAGCCAGCGGAUAAGAAGCUCUACUCUUAUGGUGGAGGUGGAGGAAUGGGAUCUGGACGCCCCGUCACCCCGCCACGGAAUUCCGCCAAAGGCGGAAAGGCCAAGAAAUAACACCCACUGGACCCCCCCCCCAAACCCCCUCCCUGAACCAAGCACCCCCCCACCCCCAUACUCUUUCUCUACCUCCCUACUUUUCCCCUCAUCACCAAACAGCAACAAAGCAGACAGUACCUAGGGUUCGGUCCUCUUUUUCUCUGAUACUGUUUUUAACUGUUUGAGUGUAUGUAUGUCCGUGUGUCUGAAAGAGAGGUUUAUUGUAUUCUGUUUGUAUGUCCUUCCUUUCCCCUGCUCUGUUCUCCUGUCACUUUGUAGAUGAAAUUGGUCCUUCUUUUCAGUGAUGUAAAUGCACACCUGGGGGGGAGGAGGGGAAAGGAGCCUUUACUGUUUGUUAGGGCCCUGCACUGUUUUGAUGCUCAACACAAGCUUUUGUACAUCCUGUUUGAGAGGUGUGUAUGGAAUGGGGUCAAUCUGCAUGGUCAGAUGGUAACAACGGCACACACUGAGAGCACAGGUGGAUAUGUGCAGAUGGACCCUUUUCGUUUAUGGAUUCACAAAGAUCAAGAAGCGGACACGUUUAUUUUUUUUCUCUCCCAAAAACCAAUGAUUUGAAAACGCAAUCAUGGAUGUGAAAUAGUUUGGCUUUUCAGUUUUUUUUUUUUUUUUUUGUAGAUGCAUAAAAAAGGUUUGAAUCCUUGAGUUUUAGUUUAUUUGGAAGCCGAUGAUUAAUAAAGAACCAUUUAUUUAAAAUAUUCCAUCACACUGUUCAUUAUGUUCACCUCACCAUUGCUUUGAUAUUUGUUUAUAUAUUAAAUUCCUCUAACCCACAUGUCAAACUCAUUCCACAAAGGGUUGCGUUUCCAUGGGUUUUUGCUCCACCCUUGUACUUGGUGGAUGAAUUAAGGUCACUAAAUAGUAAUGAAUUUCAGGGAUCCUGAGUGGCGCAGUCUAAGGCACUGCAUCUCGGUGCUAGAGGAGUCACUACAGUCCCUGGUCCGAUUCCAGGCUGUAUUACAACCAGCCGUGAGUGGGAGUCCCAUAGGGCGGCGCACAAUUGGCCCAGUGUCGUCCGGGUUAGUGUUUGGCCGGGGUAGGACGUCAUUGUAAAGAAUUUGUUCUUAACUGACUUGCCUAGUUCCAUUUGGCCCUCCAUUCAAUGAGUUUGACACCUCUGCUCUACCCACUGUCAUUCCCACUUGCUCUUCUCUUGUCUGAACGGUAUCGAAUGCUUUGUUCAGAGUGGGAUGUUGGCAUAAGUUGCUGGCUCCAAGAAAUACACAGCAUUUUGGGGGCUUUUGCUUAGCCAUUUUCUAUCAUCCCCUUUCCUUAAAAUGUGUUCUCCUUGCCCCUAUCCUUUAAACACGGUCUAUGUUCAUCUCUCUGGUUCUCACCCCCCCCAUCUUCCAUAUUCUGUCUCCCAUUUUGCUCAGUUUCCCUCUGGGUUCUGAGUAGUCAAAAUAAUGUCAUACCUCAAUUCUCACCCCACUUUGCAUCUGCCCCCACCCCUUACUCAGCUCAUGUUUUUCUCUUCUCUUUUAUAUUUAAAGAUGUGUAACAACUUGCCAGACAGCAUUAAUGCUCAUUUCCUGUGCUGGGUUCUUUCUCACAUUUUAGUAGCUAGCUCAUAUCUGCUUCUAGUGCUCUCUCCUCUCCACUAGGUGGUGCAUUUCAUAUAACACUCACCAUUGCGUCAUCUCACUGAAGACGGGAUCAGGAGUACUGUACAUUCAAUGCGCCCCAACAGUGCUGAGUGCAUUCAUGGUGCAUAGGCGGCAGUAUGUUUUUUAAAGAUCACAUGGCUCAAGGUUUUUUGGCUUUGUAGUUUAUAAAGAAAAUUGAUCAUAUUGUGAGACCAAGGAGUGUUGGUUUUAAUGACAUGUUAUGAUCUAUUGACCAGAGGAAGUGUUAUUUGCUGUUAGAUAAGGAUAUUGAAUGCUUGAUUUACAAUGUGUUACAUGGAAAGGUAAUACAAUUGUUUUUAAAAGAGCUGUAAUAUUAGAGAACAUUUUGGGUUGGAAAACGUUUUUGCUGACCAAAUAACAGUUUGUUUCAAGUUGUCGGAAUUGUCAAUGGCUUGUUUUCUGGCAAGGCUUUAAGACAAUGAUUCAGAGCUGUAAUGUAGAUCAUCUGCAAUUUUUUGAAAAUAUGCAUUUUGGAAACCAGCUUUGCUUACAUGCUUUAGGCAGUAGGGUAGAGCAAUGCCUCAACUUGAAGAUAAAUUGUUUUGUGGAUCAUUGCAGGUCUUUGUAUUGCUGUUCUGAAUGAUACUUCCAAUUUCACCCGACCCUACUCUGUUCAUAGCAGGGUAAACGUUCUGCUUGUAAUGUUGGUGAGAUCAUUAAUUUGCUGAAAUCAUUAAGACAUCACCAACAAUCUACUGUAACUAUCGAUAUCAAUCGUAUUUCUUUUGAACUUUUAUUUCAAGGACUAGGGCAAUAUAGAUAUUGUGAUAAUGUAACACGUUUUUAUUUUAUUUUAACCAAUCAGGGACGUUUUUCCUUAAUGCACUGUCGCUGGAGGCAAUACAAGGCCACGUUCAGUUGCCAAACGUUGUCGAACGUUGCAGAUAGAAAUGUCAUGAAUAGAGCUGAUGCGUUCGUAUUUAAUAUGUCAGAGGCGUUUGUUCUACAUAGCCUAUUUCUAUCCGAACGUAUCAAAACGUUAAGUCCUGCUGAACGCGCCCCAGGCUAGAAAAGCUCAAAUAUAAAUGAAUCAAAAACGUUAAAUAAAAAUAAAAUGAUGUUUUAUUUUUAUGUAAUUUGUUUUCCAACCAAUCACAAAUCCUGUCUCUGUUACCGGGUAGAAAAUAAAAAAUAGUGAAUUUGUA